GAAAAUCGUGGUGAUCCAUCUAAGCCAGCCAGGACCCUGAAGAAGAGAUGUGAGAAAUAUUUGGCAUCAUGGGUGCCUCAGCCUCCUCUAGAAAGGCCCUGAAGGGUAGCACCCCAACACCACCCCAGAACAGGUUUGUGGGGCUGCUACAGGAAGCUGGUAAGGUUUCCUCAAACACCAUGUUAGAAACUCUAAAGCUGAUAGAAGCCCAAAUCUUGAUGAACCAGCUGCCACGUAAGCAAUGCCAGAAAGUGGCAGGCAUAAUUAUCAGCUACCUGCAGACAAUGGAGCCUCGCGGAAAACUGGAGGAGAUGUGUACCUCGGUGCUAGUGUCUCUGGGAUACCACCACUUAGACAUGAUUCUCAAUAUGGUAGAUGACUCCUCUGACAAGAACAUGCCUCCAAGGAGCCUUCUGGUGGCAGUGGGGAGACUCAGCCUCCACCCAGAGUUAGACAAGUACAUCCUUACCACCUGGGGAAGCAUUCUGAGCCUGCUGAGAACAACGCGGAACGAGGAGGACAUGCUGGUGCUGUGUCAGGUGCUCAGAAGACUGGCCAUCGGGGCCCCCAAGGUCCUAGAUAAGGCAGUCGCACUGCCGGAGGACAAGAUGAAUUGCAUCAUCAAUGGCAUCAGGAGCAAGGCCCACAUCACUCUCCUGCUGUUCUACCAUCAUAGGCCCCUGGCCAGCAAAAGCAAGGUCGCAGAGAGAGCCAUGGAGGCAAUCAGCCACCUCUUCAUCCUCCUACCCUUGACCAAGCUUGAGAGGCAGGUGACCUGGCUCAUCCAGUGGCUGAGCAAUUUAACAUCCUUAGAUGUCAGGCCGUUCUACAUCUGUCAGUGUCUCUGCCACGUUCUGGAGGAACUCUACCAUAGGAGACAAGGAGAUACCUUGCUGAGGUCCCAGGCACGGAAUGUUGCUGCCAUCCUGCUAGAGCAGAUGCGUGAUGAUGACAGAGAGCCCCCAGCUGUCUCUUUACAGAGCCACAGCCUAGCCCAGAGAGCUUUCUACUCCCUGAGCCAGUUAAGCAGGGAUCCUGUGUUCCAGCUUCUUAAGGAAGCAGUGAAAUCUGCAGAUGAAAGAACAGCUAUGUCUGCCCUUGAGGCCUUCAGGGUGGUGGUGCCUGGAGUGCCCCUGACAGAGGAGCUGAAGACGGAGGUGAUGGACUCCAUCCUAUCAGUGAUUGAGAAGGACCAAAGACCAGUGCGUGUGGCUCUCCUGAGAUUCCUUGAGGUGCUGGGCCACCAUCGAUACCUGGACCUUACUCAAGGUGGCGUUGUUAUGGACUAUGUCCUCAGUAUCAUCAUGGCAGACCCAUCAAAUGAAGAGGACAUAUGCUGCCGAAGCAUGUGUUUAAAGAUCCUGCAGAUGGUGCCCUUGCCUGAGCUGCUCAGCCUGAUAUGUGAGCCCGACCACACCUCGGCCUUCGUGGUGCUGAGUGAGAGUGCCACGGAGGUGGCUCUGAGGGCCCAGGCCCAGGGCAAGACCCCCGACAUCAGCAGAAUCCACCACAGAACAUUUGAGCUCAUCUCCCCACAGGGCCUCCUCAUCCAUCUUGUGCUGUGCGCCCUGAAGCCCUACAGGGGAGACAGGUUUGGAGUCAGCGCCCUGCGGCUCCUCCUCACCCUGAAUACGGCCAUGCACGAAAGUGUGGGCCCACUGUGGGAGAAGGAGAUCCCCGAGAUGCUGGAGAUGCUGUAUGAGCACACAGAGAGAUGCCUGGAUCAGGACGCGUGGGAGGCCAGGCUGCUCCAGUUUUCCAGCCAGUCAUUGCUGGCCAUCGAGGAUGUCCACUGGCUGGAGGAAUUCACACUGACCAUCCUGGAGAGGACACAGGAUGGCAGGGACGAGGAAGAGCAGAAGGCUUUCCUGUACAGAUUAUUUGGCUUCACCCUGCGGACCUCAAGGAAUCUGAAACUGGUACAGAAGAUGCUGCCUGCCAUGCUAAACACCUCCCAGGAGGAGCCGGAAGAGAGGGAGGGCAUCGCCAAGGCACUAGCUGUUGUGUCCCUGGGACACCUGGCGGUGGUUCUGGAUGAACUGGAAGUGUACGGCACUAAACUCACUGACAGGGACACGUCGUCCAUCCUCAAACUGGCCAAGGAGUAUCAGCCAAGGGAGUGGGGGCUGGUCUGCCACACCAUCUACCUAAGCUACGGCAUGAUGAUGUCUGUGGCCAAGGACACCCUCUCCUGCCCUGUGGACACCAUCCUGGCCUUGGCCGUGCAGCAUUACCAGGAGUGCAUUGUGAAGAAGGACAAGACUCUGAAACUUGAGUACCUGGAUGCCCUGACCCAGAUGACAAGCAUCCUGAGCACCCAGCCCAUUCCACUGUCAUGCAAGUUUCCCCACAAACAGGACCUUGUGACCUCCAUGGCGGUAAGCACCACUCAGGAGGCGGGGCAGAGAGCAGGGCGGAGGGAGGACGGUCCCCAGGGAAAGCCUCAGUAG